UUUGAUAAUAGUCAAGCUGUGUUGUAAACUAUAUACCAUUUUGAGCUUAAAUUCUUUCUGAUUUAAUUCAACUCUAAUUUUGUCCAGUUAAUUGAGCUUAGCUGAUAUGACAGCGACAACGAGGUUGGGCGUGAGAGUGCUGGAGCUGCCGGGGUUGAAGGGAAUUUCACUCGACAAUUACGAAUGCAAACUGGAGCAAAGGUCGAAGAAGAAAUGCAACAAAAACAACCAAAUGGAGGCUUCUAAGUUGAACAGGACUUUGAAGGUGAAUGAAAAGUGCAAAGACAUGUUCACCCACAACCUGAGAUCCAGUGAGGAGGUGUUCGCGAAGAAACUGAUGAACAUACGGAUGCAGUGGCACGAGUGGCAUCCCCCCACACAGUCCAAUCGACAGUCUAUACCCCUCAAGGCAACAGAAAACAAAAAACGAGACGUUCACAACAAAAAACUACCAAGAAGACUGUCGCCUUUGAUAACCCAACGUAAGCCAGCGUUACUGUCAGUACCUGGACAAGCAGAUGAGAAACAUCAAGCGACGUUUUCCCGAAGAGGCUCAGACGAGAGCGACAGUUCCGGAGAAGUAGUAGACGAACAGCUACGCGAGUUCUUCGGCCUCAAGUGGUACAAUUCGAGAGACGGUACCAAAGUCUCCAAAUUCAACCGUAAAAUUCCCCUCACAUUCAAACAGCAAAUGUUUCUGGCAAAACUCGAGGGUCUACUUGAUCCUAGAACCCCUUCGAUUGCUCAACCCGAAGAGCCGACAAUAAAUAGACGUUCUCGACUUUGGGUUAAAUUGCCAAUGGCUAUGGACGGAGGAAAAUUAGGGCAGCAAGUCAGGAAAAACAGUUACAAGUUCAAGGAAGACGCGCCAAUUCUAGAAAUAGCCCCGGAUAAACUAAAACUUUCCAAAAAGCCAGACACUAUUGAAACGUGGUCGGGCUUGGAACAAGAAGAUAUUUAUGAAAGAGAGGUAGAAAAAAUACAAAAGGCGUUUCCACAGAUAAAAAUCACUGAAAACAAUUACUAGCUUGGUUGAUUAUUUUUAUCAUCAGCUAACUCUUAAGUUUUAGCAGAUCAAGUUACUCUGUUCUCUUGUAGUUCCCCGUAAUAGAACAAAAACUGGCUAAGACUUUGAUAGAA